UAUUUUAGCACGGUCAACAAGUAAAAAUGUACUGAGGAGAGAGCAACAAAAUUCCUACUAGAUUACAAACUUCGUAGAGAAAUUAGAUAACAUUCAACUAAAGCCGGGAUACUUAUCGCCCUAAGCCCACAUUUUUAAUAAUGGCCGCGUGUCUUCUUGGGAGACAAACUUUAACUAUACAAAUUUUUUUUUUGCAAGAAAUGAGAAAUUAACUUAUACUACUCUUGUUGAACAAAACAAAUAAAGAAUAUCAAUUCAAUAAAAUAAAAUAAAAAACACAGGCGCAACAGAAAAUAUUUAUGAGGAAAAAAAAAAAAAGCAUAAAUGAACUCUUGAGUCAAUAGUCCUAACUGUGCAAGAAUUUCUUUGCGGCUAUUCCUCCAUCUAUUUAGUAACUGAAAUCAUUUAGCGAAACAGCUGUGCUAAUGAUCAAUUCUUUCAACUUUGCCUACUUUCUUGCUUUACUCUCUUUCUUCCACUUCCACUUUGAUCACAAAAAUAAACCAAAUUUACUCCAUCAAUGGGAUUGAUCAAGAUUCAAUCUUUUUCAUUCCUUUUCACAAUCUUGAUCAUCACAUCAUCAUCAUUAUCCCAUCAGCAUCAUCAUAGCCGUUCAAAACGCCAUAACCGUCGAAAUUCACAGCUUAAUAUUUACGGUCCGUCUUUUUACACACCAUCAACUACUCUAAGUGGUGAAUGGGUACUUUUACAUGAUUCAAUUGGUAUAUCCGCCAUGCACAUGCAACUUCUUUACAACAACAAAGUCGUUAUCUUUGACAGAACUGAUUUUGGUGCUUCUAAUCUUUCACUUCCUAACGGUAAAUGCCGUUAUAACGAUGAAGCUCUACCAAACGGUGUAGAUUGCACUGCUCAUUCAAUUCUUUACGAUGUUUUAUCGAAUACUUAUCGUCCUUUAAUGGUUCAAACUGAUGUUUGGUGUUCAUCUGGUGCUGUUAACUCUAACGGAACACUAAUACAAACAGGUGGUUACCAUGCAGGUGAUCGUAAAAUACGUUUUUUUUCGCCGUGUAAUGAUGGUGAUGAUAGUUGUGAUUGGACUGAAUUGGAACAGAAUUUAACGGUACAAAGAUGGUAUAGUUCUGAUCAUUUAUUACCUGAUGGACGUGUUAUUAUUGUUGGUGGAAGAAGGGCUUUUAGUUAUGAGUUUUUUCCCAAGAAUGGCGACAAUAAUGAAGUUUUUGACCUACCUUUCUUGAAAGAAACUACUGAUCCUAAAGAAGAAAACAAUCUUUAUCCAUUUCUUUACAUUUUACCAGACGGGAACUUAUACAUUUUUGCUAAUCAAAGGUCUAUAGUAUUGGAUUAUGUGAAUAAUAAGGUUUUAAAAGAGUUUCCAGUAAUUCCAGGUGAAAAAAGGAGUUAUCCAGCAACCGGUUCAUCGGUAAUGUUACCGUUAAUUUUAAAUGCAGCUAGGGUUCCGACGGUUGAGGUGAUGAUAUGUGGUGGCGCUUGGGGUGGCGCGUAUGUUAAUGCAAUGAAGGGUGUGUUUUGGAGAGCUUCAAAUACAUGUGGACGUAUGAGAAUAACUGACCCGGAUCCUAAAUGGGUCAUGGAAGAUAUGCCAAUGGGUCGGGUCAUGCCCGAUAUGUUGUUAUUACCCACAGGUGAUGUGAUAAUAUUAAAUGGAGCAAGUAAUGGGGCAGCUGGAUGGGAAAAUGCUGUUGACCCGGUUUUAAAUCCGGUUCUUUACAAGCUUUAUGAACCCGACCCGGAUAAGAGGUUUCUAGUUCUUAACCCUAGUAACAUUCCAAGAAUGUAUCAUUCAUCAGCUACUUUACUGCCAGAUGGAAGGAUAUUAGUGGGUGGAAGUAAUCCACAUGUAAGGUACAACUUUACAGGCGUAAAGUACCCUACGGAAUUGAGUGUAGAAGCAUUUUCACCACCUUAUUUGGCUAUACAAUAUUCUCCUAUCAGACCUUCAAUCAUAGCCGUUGAAGGACAAAUCAUGGGUGUCUUAUCGUACGGUCAGCAAUUUUCAAUCACUUUUACUCUUGGAUAUCCUGGGGAAGAGCUCAUGGUAAGCAUGGUUGCACCUUCAUUUACUACACACUCAUUUGGGAUGAACCAAAGAUUGUUGUUUUUGGAAAUUGUGGAUAUAAAAGGGCUAUCUAUGUUUAAUUACAAAGUUACAAUGUUUGCACCUACAUCAAAGAAUAUUGCACCUCCAGGUUAUUAUAUGGUGUUUGUGGUUCAUCAAGGUGUUCCUAGUUAUAGUGUUUGGGUGAGGUUAAAGUGACCACCAUAGCAUUUUUUUUCUCUGUUGUUUUUUGAGUUUAGAAAAUGUGAAACUUUUGCUAGGUGCUUUAUAGUUUUUGUAGACAGUUGGAAUAAAUUUUUUUGAGUUGUUGAAAAGAUCACCUAUGUUUUUAUAUCAAGACAAAGUGAUUGUGUAGUGGUAGUCCAUUGUAAUUUUUGUUCAGUGGAAUGGUUGAGGGUUUCUG